UUUUCCUAAUCACCACCUUGCCUUUUAAGUACUUGUUUCCCUGCCUUUUCUCACCUUGUUUGUGUCUGUUUAUGAAACAAAAUCUUUCCUCCUCUCAACCCACCACUUAGAUCAAGACAAUCAAAAGGCAUGUUUGGACAUCCAGAGAUAGAUAGAUUAGAUGAGAUAACAAAGGUCAGAGCAGAGGGAGAAGCAUCUGCUCAAAUGGGAAGGAAGCAUUUCUAUGGUCCAACUCCUGGGACAACCUUAAACACUGUAACCCCUUGUGCUGCAUGCAAGCUUCUGAGAAGAAGAUGUGCUGAAGAAUGCCCUUUCUCUCCUUAUUUUUCACCACAUGAGCCUCAAAAGUUUGCAGCAGUUCACAAAGUGUUUGGUGCAAGCAAUGUCUCUAAGAUGCUAAUGGAGGUACCAGAGGGCCAAAGAGCUGAUGCAGCAAAUAGCUUGGUUUAUGAAGCUAACUUGAGGCUGAGAGAUCCUGUGUAUGGAUGCAUGGGUGCAAUAUCAGCUUUGCAGCAACAAGUUCAAUCUCUACAAGCAGAACUAAAUGCAAUAAGGGCAGAGAUACUAAAAUACAAAUAUAGAGAAGCUGCAAGUCUCCUUUCUUCUCAUCAUGCUGCUUUAGUUUCUUCUGCUGAUGCUAUAUCUGCAGCAAUUCCUGCAGACUCACAAGGUCUUUCUCAUCCUCCUCCUCCAAAACCAUUACCUUCUCCUCCACCAAAACCAUUUCCUUCUCCUCCUGUUAUCCUUUCAUCCUUGUCUUCAUCUUCAACUUCUUCUGUCUACACUCCUCCUAAAAGCUCAAUGAGCCUUGGAUCCAUUUCCAGCACUGAAAAUGUCCCAUACUUUGUUUAGCUCCAUUUGUUUACUAUUCAUUUUCUGUAGGAAUGAAUAACUAAUGAUGCUUUUCUCAACUGAGUAGAAUGUAUCACUUGGUCAUCUAGAGAAUAGAGAUUAUGGAAAAGGGAAACCACACUACAUAUUCAUAUGCUUUUAGUGGCAUUUUCUACUCUUUUGAUGUGCUUUUUCACAAACAUUAUUAUUAUGAUCUUAUUCUUAUACAAACAUCCAUUUAUGCUUAACUUGUCUUCAUUUGUAAGAGUAAUGCAUUCUAAGUGUAGGACACAAUAGGUAUCAAUUUUACAAGUUUCAUGUCUUGCAGAACUAUGUGUUCCUUUUGAAAUAGUUUAAUCAUAGGAGGUUCAAACUGAUGUAAAGAUUAAAACAUAAAUAGAGAAAAAUGAAUAAAUAAAGUCAACUGGAAAUUAAGUGUAGAUGUUGGUAAAAGGAGUAAAGAAUUGUAUGAGA